AUGUUCCAGCUGAUAGCCACUGUAUUCCAAUUCAUCCUGCGUAUCUACAAGAACUUUUAUCCUCCCGAGGUACCCAAAGUACCCUCUCCCAUCCGCUUCGGGAUCCUGGGUGCGGCAGCCAUCACGCCGCCUGCGCUUGUUAUCCCCGCCAAAAGUCACCCCGAGGUCGUGCUCAAGGGCGUGGCCGCUCGCGACCGUGCUCGCGCAGAUGCUUUCGCGCGUAGGCACGGCGUCGAGCAUGUGUACGACUCCUAUGAAGAUCUCCUUGCCGACCCGGAGAUUGACGCCAUCUAUAACCCUCUGCCAAACACGCUGCACUACGAAUGGACGAUGCGCGCGCUGGCGGCGGGCAAGCAUGUCCUCUGCGAGAAGCCAAUGGCGAACACGGCGGAGGAGAUUAGGGAGAUGUUCGCAUUUGCUGAAAAGAAGGGACUCGUGCUUUUGGAGGCGUUUCAUUAUCGCUUUCACCCCGCUGCCCAGCGCGCCAAGGCCAUCCUGGAAAGCGGCGAGCUUGGACCCAUCAAGUCCGCUGACUUCCAGUUCAUGCUCCCUACCGGAUUUAUUCGCCAGGGUGACAUACGGUACUCCUACGCCCUCGGCGGCGGCGCCAUGAUGGACAUCGGCUGCUACGGGAUGCAUCUAUUCCGCUACCUCAUCGGCGCCAACCCCACCUCCGUCAUCGCCGUCACGAACUCGCCGCCACCCUUCCUCGCCGACCCCCUCGUCGACCACCGCACCACCGCCGCCCUCGCCUUCCCCAACAACGUCACCGCCUCUCUCAACGUCGACUACGCGCGACCCCUGCGCUGGGGCAUCCUGCCGCACCUGCCGAACUUCCGCGCCAUCGUGCGCUGCGAGGCAGGCAUCAGCAUUUUUGGGAGAACCGCAUUUGUGCUCGCCGGGGAUAUGAUGUGA